CAGUCCUACAACCAGUCCUACAACCAGUCCUACAACCAGCCCUACAACCAGUCCUACAACUAGCCCUACAACCAGCCCUACAACCAGCCCUACAACCAGCCCUACAACCAGCCCUACAACUAUGACGAUGUGUGUAGACAGCUGUGUUGGAGUUGUCAGUGGCACCUAUCAGUCGUGUGAUACCUGUACUGGUUUCAUAAUAUGCGUUGGAAAUAUUCUCUUUAACAAUCCCUGUCCGGAGGAAGACGGACAAGUUCUGGUAUGGGAUGAUAACCUGAAGACAUGCGAACCUACGUCAAGUACCUGUACAGAAACAAGCCCAACAACCAGCCCAACAACCAGCCCUACAACCAGCCCUACAACCAGCCCUACAACCAGCCCUACAACCAGCGCUACAACCAGCCCUACAACCAGCCCUACAACCAGCGCUACAACCAGUCCUACAACCAGUCCUACAACCAGCCCUACAACCAGUCCUACCACCAGUCCUACAACUAGCCCUACAACCAGCCCUACAACCAGUCCUACAACAAGCCCAACAACCAGUCCUACAACCAGUCCUACAACCAGCCCUACAACCAGUCCUACCACCAGUCCUACAACUAGCCCUACAACCAGCCCUACAACCAGUCUUACAACCAGUCCUACAACCAGCCCUACAACCAGUCCUACCACCAGUCCUACAACUAGCCCUACAACCAGCCCUACAACCAGUCCUACAACCAGUCCUACAACCAGUCCUACAACCAGUCCUUCAACCAGCCCUACAACCAGUCCUACAACUAGCCCUACAACCAGCCCUACAACCAGCCCUACAACCAGCCCUACAACUAUGACGAUCCCUACAACCAGCCCUACAACCAGCGCUACAACCAGCCCUACAACCAGCCCUACAACCAGCGCUACAACCAGUCCUACAACCAGUCCUACAACCAGCCCUACAACCAGUCCUACCACCAGUCCUACAACUAGCCCUACAACCAGCCCUACAACCAGUCCUACAACCAGUCCUACAACCAGCCCUACAACCAGUCCUACAACCAGUCCUACAACCAGUCCUUCAACCAGUCCUACAACCAGUCCUACAACUAGCCCUACAACCAGUCCUACAACCAGUCCUACAACCAGUCCUACAACCAGCCCUACAACCAGUCCUACAACCAGUCCUACAACCAGUCCUACAACCAGUCCUACAACCAGUCCUACAACCAGUCCUACAACCAGCCCUACAACCAGUCCUACAACCAGUCCUACAACCAGCCCUACAACCAGUCCUACCACCAGUCCUACAACCAGCCCUACAACCAGUCCUACCACCAGUCCUACAACUAGCCCUACAACCAGCCCUACAACCAGUCUUACAACCAGUCCUACAACCAGCCCUACAACCAGUCCUACAACCAGUCCUACAACCAGUCCUACAACCAGUCCUACAACCAGUCCUACAACUAGCCCUACAACCAGCCCUACAACCAGUCCUACAACCAGUCCUACAACCAGUCCUACAACCAGCCCUACAACCAGUCCUACAACCAGUCCUACAACCAGUCCUACAACCAGUCCUACAACCAGCCCUACAACCAGUCCUACAACCAAUCCUGCACCCGCUGUGGCAGCUGGAAUAGCCUCUUCCGCCUGCAUGUGGAGCUGCAGUGGGGCCUCUGACGGCGACUACCAAUCCUGUGAAUCCUGCUACGGAUACAUCGCCUGUGCGGGAGGCGCUCUUACGCGACGCAACUGUUCUGGGGUCAAGGUGUGGAACGACCUCCUCAAGAGUUGUGAAGAAACGUCUCCGACAUGUUCUGUUGUCACUACAACGACGUCGUCUCCUCGGGGCUGCGUUUCCAGCUGCAGUGACCGCGACAAUGGGGAAUACCAGUCGUGUGAAUCCUGCUCGGAGUUUGUUCAUUGCAACUGGGGGGAUUCUGUUGUUAAACCGUGUCCCGCUGAGCUUGUCUGGGAUGACGGCCUGCGGACAUGCGACUUCACCUCAACCACAUGCCCGUAAUAAUCUUUACGCCUAAGACGUCAUCGUAGGGUGGUUCUUCCCCGUCUCUGACAUUGCAAGUGUGUUCUUGGGUGUACAGUGAUAGACAUCUGAUACACAGACUACCCUCCAAUCUAAUUUUGUUCUCUCGUAACCAGGAAAGUGUAGUUAGUUUUAAAACACGCUCACCUAUACUGCCGAGUAAAGUGUCCGCCCAUGGUUCACGGUGGCGAAAAAUGAAACAAACCAGAAACGAUUAUUCGAUGCUGAUGUAUUUGAUAAGGGCAUUAUAGCUGCGUUUUAGACCUCACUUUUUAGUGUUUCGGCUUCUCUUUUCACCAAAAUUACAUUUUGAUAACUUUUGUAAAAUUUCGAUCGGAUACAAAUUUCAAGUGUA